GUUCUCAGCUUCGCAUCAACUGAAAUUAUUUUCGAGGUACAUGUAGGUGGCUGUUGGAGCUCGUCCUCAAGUAGGACGUUGCGUGGAUAGAGUAUCUAUGUAGUACCACUUAAAGAGGAGGUCGUUUUGUAUCGUUAACCAGUCUUUCUCAAUACAGUUAUUUGCUAAUCUCACACUUAUUUCUUGGUGUGGGAAUCAUCCCGCCAGGUUGAUAGGGAAUACCCAUGUGUCCGCUUAUGUAGCCUAUCUUCUGUUUUAUGUUGGGUUAGGUCGCUAUAGUCUUUAGCGAGCUAUGUACUGAGUCUGACUUUGUAGGCUGUUAUAAUUUUUUGCCUAAUUGCAGAAUGACUAUAAUUCAUGUAGCGAGGCAGUUAGCGACUGAUACCUAGUUACUUCAGUUCAAUGUCAGCCUGAUUUUUAUUUUUUAUUAUUUUUACAGUGCUAUGACAUCGACGGAGUAUGGACAGCAAUAACUGAUGCUGACGAACUUGGACAGGGUUGUUUCGGAUGACACGAAGUGAAGACCAGAAGUCAUUUUCCGCACAAUCUAUAGCUAAAGGACCUAGGCAUCUGGAAAGCAAUGACCAAGCCCGACCCGAAGAGGAGCAGCAUGGCUCUUAUUACUGGCAGACCUUCCAAUGCAGCGGAGGAGCAGGUCAUUAACUGCUCCUCUGACCGGUCGGUUUCUGACUCCUCCCACCACGGCGCAGCCCCGGCGACUCCAACCAAACCCAAAUCGGCGAAGCAAGUCUCCCGAGAGAACCUUUCAAGACGAAACACAGAGACGGAAGUGUUCGACGAUGGGACCAACACCUUUUUCUGGAGAGCCCAUACAGUGACUGUGCUGUUCAUACUCACCUGUGUGUUGGUCUACGUCACGCUAUUGGAGGAGACCCCCCAGGAUACGACGUACAACACUAAAAGAGGGAUUGUGGCCAGCAUUCUAGUGUUUCUCUGCUUUGGAGUGACACAAGCCAAGGACGGCCCAUUCACCAGGCCACACCCAGCAUAUUGGCGCUUCUGGCUAUGUGUCUCUGUUGUCUACGAGCUCUUCCUCAUCUUUGUUCUGUUCCAGACGGUGCAUGACGGGAGACAGUUUAUGAAGUCCAUCGACCCCAAACUGGGGGUGCCCCUGCCUGAGAGGGACUAUGGUGGCAACUGCCUCAUCUAUGACCCAGGGAACACCACUGACCCCUGGCAUAACAUAUGGGACAAGAUGGAUGGCUUUGUCCCAGCUCACUUUCUCGGUUGGUAUAUUAAGACACUGGUGAUCAGAGACUGGUGGAUGUGCAUGAUCAUCAGCGUGAUGUUUGAGUUCCUGGAGUACAGCCUGGAGCACCAGCUCCCCAACUUCUCUGAGUGCUGGUGGGACCACUGGAUAAUGGAUGUGCUUGUGUGCAAUGGCCUUGGGAUCUACGCUGGGAUGAAGACCUUAGGCUGGCUGUCUAUGAAGCCCUACCAGUGGCAGGGCCUGUGGAACAUUCCCACAUACAAGGGGAAGAUCAAGCGCAUAGCUUUCCAGUUCACGCCCUACAGUUGGGUGAAGUUUGAAUGGAAGCCAGCAUCCAACCUACGCAGGUGGCUGGCUGUCCUGGGUAUCAUCUUCAUGUUCCUGCUGGCGGAGCUGAACACCUUCUACCUAAAAUUUGUGCUGUGGAUGCCCCCAGAGCACUACCUCGUGCUGCUACGCCUUGUCUUCUUCGUCAACGUGGGUGGUGUGGCCAUGAGGGAGAUCUACGACUUCAUGGAUGACCCCAAGUUCUAUAGGAAGCUGGGGCAGCAGGCGUGGAUGGUGGCGGCCAUCACCGUGACAGAGUUCCUCAUCGUGAUGAAAUACGACCCAGAGACCAUCAUGCUGCCCAUCCCCUUCUUCGUCACCCAGUGCUGGAUCCUGGGAAUCCUUCUCAUCCUCUGCUGGACACUGUGGCGAUUCUUCAUCCGUGACAUCACUCUUCGCUACAAAGACGCUCGCCGGCGGAAGCAGGAGGUCACGGGGGACAGCAACCGUCCCCAUGGCAACGGUAGCACGGCAACCUCGUCGGGACGAAGCAAACUCAAUGGCAGCUCCGAGACACUCCGACACAGGAAGUCCUGAGGAGUUGUGGGGCAUGGGGGGUCGGGAGGCUGCAGUCAAGUUGCCAGUAGGGAGUGGGGGGAGGGACAAAAAAUGAGAGCCGCUAUAAGCGCUGCAGCACCGCACACGCUCAGUCACCUGGGUUACCGGUGUAGCGGUGUUAGGAUAGUGUGUCUUGGAGAAAGGGGGAUGUUGUUCUUGUGCCUACUUGAACAUUCAUUCCAAUGCUGGCUUUUCACUGUUAACACUAAUCACUGAACACAACUCCUCACAGGGAUUCUGGGUUGGUGUGUCCGCUAGCUAUCUCAUACUACAGGGAUUUACCUAAUUUGUGUUAUUGGGCUGGGAACUUUACAGGGCCGACUUAAAAUUUCUGUUGUCAUGUUAAUUUAAUUAGAUCAAAGGGGUCACUCUUGCACUUGGCAGACGGGGUGGGCGUGGCUAAAUAAAUAAAACUGAUGAAUCAGAACUGACCGGUGAGACAGAUUGGCCACUGAAGCAAGGGGAAGACUGAUAUGAGGGACCGGGGGUGGGGUUUUCAUUGGGAAACGGUCCAUUGACGAUGUACAAUAAAAUGGCUGGUGACAUGUUUUCAGCCGAUUGCAGCAUGUCAGAAAACUGGGAUAGAAGUCCUUUAUGGAGAUGUGGGACAUUUCUGUCAGUUGGAACAAAGCGACCUAAUGCAUGUUCAUUCUCUAUUUCAAACGUAUCGAAAAACCUAUUUCGUGUUGUCCUGCAUUAGGUCAGAGGAUAAUUUCCUCUCAGUCCUAGCUAACCUGUCCCCCACUAUGCAGCUUUCUCAAGAGCAACACUCACGGUAAGCAGUUAUAUAUGCUGUUUUAUAUGCAGUCAGUCCGAAUUGGAUGUUGAAAUAUCUGUUCUAUAAAACAUUUGAGGGAAAAAAAACACUAGUAUAAGAACUCUACAGAGAAGAACUUUAAACAAAUGUUGUGGUUAUUCACAAUUAGUUUUAGAGAUAAAUGCAUGAUUGUCACUCAUAUACCGUAGGUGUUCCAACAUGGAGGCAGACAAGGGUGGGCAGACGGUCAGGCAGACAGACUUAACCUACUGAAGAGGAAGGACAGUCACACUUGCUUACUCAGAAGUGGCAUUACUAUGAUUAUUGAGCUUUGACAUAUCCAAAUUAGUUUUCUUCUCUGCAGAAUAACUUUGACUUACAGAAUAAUGUUCAUUAAUUGCUGUAAAUUAAGCAAGUUGCAAAGGAGAAAAACAAAAGACUGUGCUGUCCCAAAACUAUAGAGAUGCAAUGCCAUCAAUAAAUCCAAGCUUUUUGGGCACCGCAAAAAUCGUUAGCGUCAAUGCUGUCAAAAUAAGAUUCCAUAAUGUGGUCAUCACAGUUGUAAAAUUACAUGAAGGAUUUGAUGUGCUGUGAAGCUAUGUUUUACUUCAGCAGAAGCUUUACAUACAUAAUGAACUGUCCAAUUAUCCAAAGUAUGCAUUUUAAACUUGCCUAAAAGCCCUUCUAAUUAGCCUUGUGAAUAAAUGACACUGAUGUAUUCAUAGGUAAUGAGUCUCAGAAUAGACAAAAUCCAAUUGUCAAGUAACAAUUAGUCUGGGCUUUCCAAAAAAAAAGCACCUCAUCACAAUGUGUAGUAUGUUGGCACUUCAACCAUGAAGGGACGACUUUUGUUGCUAUCCACAUUACGGAUAGCUGGGACCAAAAUGUAUCCCAUGUAUGUUGGUUAUUACCUUCUGAAUUUGUAAGGGAGAAAAGGGCACAUCCCUAAAGAUAAGGAGAAAAUCGUCUGCUUUGCAUUGCUCAGGGCUCAGUGUUGACUACUGGGACAUGAACUUUGGCACCUUUAUUCCAUGUGUAAUUAUAAGCAACAUGCAACGUAAAGUAACUCAUUUUGUGUCUGAAAAGGUAUUGAUGUGUCUGUUUCUGGCUGAAGAGUAGAAGACUUGUGCGAACUAUCUCCAAAUUGCCUGAUGUGACAUAGAGUAUGCGUAGUGACAUUCUAAUCUAUUGUGAAUGUAAACCAACAGCAAAGAACCUUAAAAGUAGAGGGCUUCCCUUUAGAUGCCAAUGAUUUAACAUGUUAUGUGCUGGUUACAGCUGUGUUAGCAACACAGCAGAGGGGUUGAUUGCCAUCACCAUAUAUUUUGCUUUAGGUUCCUUUUUUUAUUGAAUUAUUUUUCCCUUUCCUGGCAGAAUUGUGUCUGGAAAUAAUGAAGGUAUUUAUGUAUCCAAAUUAUGGAUUUGAAUUGGUUUGACCAUAUUUGACCCCCUUUGAAUGUUUAGACUGUCUCAACAAACAGCGCCCAGUGAAAGUCUACACAUUCCUUCAGCUGCCUUUUUGCCCAAAGAGCGCCCAGUGAAUUCUAUACCAGAUUCACUGAGAUUUAGCACACUUGUUCUCCCAUGAGUUGUGCAAGGUUGGCAGAAUCAUUUUCUAUAAUGGCUGCCAAAUGGGACUUCACCGAUGAUUAACUCUAUAGUGUGGCGGUACACACAAUCAUUACAUGUUGUAGGUUGUGUAGAUCAGUUGAUAGAAAAUAUAUUA